CUUUCUGUAGAAGAAAAAGCACUUUUUCUUCGUCUCCUACAUCUUCGUGUAUUUUUUCACGUUGGAUACGUUAGUCCAGUGACAAAGUAACAGGUUCUACGUAGUUAUACCAUGCGAACGCUUUUCUGACCCGCCUGCAAUUCUGCAUUUUAGUGGUGGUGAAUGAAAGAUCGUAUUACUGUUAUUAGUGGGCGAGAUCUGAGUCAUUCAGUAGUUAGACACAGUGGACCUGAUAUCCAUUUAUAUCUACAAAUAUGCUUAUUUUGGACUGGUUUGCAGGGGUUUUAAAAUAUUUUGGGUUUUGGAAAAAGAGUGGUAAACUCCUGUUUCUUGGUUUAGACAAUGCAGGUAAAACCACAUUGCUUCAUAGGCUCAAAGAUGAUCGACUAGGACAACAUGUACCUACAUUGCACCCAACAUCAGAAGAACUAUCUAUUGGAAAUAUGAGGUUCACAACAUUUGACCUUGGAGGACAUCCUCAAGCAAGAAGAGUCUGGAAGGACUAUUUCCCAGCAGUGGAUGCAAUAGUGUUUCUUGUGGAUGCAUUUGACAGAUCAAGACUAUCAGAGUCGAAAGCUGAAUUUGAUGCACUGUUGACCGACGAACAACUUAGUAUGUGUCCAAUUUUAGUACUAGGUAAUAAAAUUGAUAAAUCAGGUGCAGCUUCAGAAGACGAAUUGAGAAAUUAUUUUAAUCUCUAUGGUCAAACAACAGGAAAAGGAAAAAUUUCACGCAGUGAAAUACCCGGUCGUCCGCUGGAAUUAUUUAUGUGCUCAGUGUUAAAAAGACAGGGGUAUGGUGAGGGCUUCCGCUGGCUCGCUCAAUAUAUUAACUGAACGCAUAUGAUAACUUAAAUGCUCCAAUUCUCAGCAGUUUACUACAUUUCCCUUUCACUGAUUCGUACUGGAUGCCAGUAUCAGAGGUGUAUUAUAAUAGGAUAAACUGCAGUAACAGGUUCAAAACAGUGCAAAUGAGGAAAGAAGACGAUAUCUUAAAAAUACGAUAUAAAUACGUGAUAGGACAAAUUUCUUUCUUUUUAACAUGUGGAGCCUACAACAAUAUUCUACAUGAAUUUUUUAAAUUCCAUACAAGUUCUGAGGAUUCCUAUCGUUUUGCAAAUCACAUUAUGGAAGUACUUGACAUGCUGAAAAAUGAUAUAAACAUUUUGAUAAAUAAAAUAAUAAAC